UGGCGACAAGCACAACCACUCGUGGAGUCUACGAGAUCUGUACUUGGAAACACAAUUUUGAAGGGCGUCAUUUUCUAUGCCAUAAGCUCGAUCCCUUGUUCAUUGAAUCAUCUCCUCCUACAAUACAAACCAUUCAGGUCCAUUGGAGUUGUGCAGUAUUGUCGCAACUAGGUCUCUCUCAUGCAUGAGCUUGACCGGACGAGCUAGCCAGCUUUUUCUAUAGUCGCAGCAUUGAAAACGUCUCAUGUGAAAUCCAGAGGCGAAAUCACUUCAGUACAAUAGUUUUUGAGGUUGGCCGUCGCAUUGCGUCCGCACGGAAGGAGGCGCCGGGGCCAUGGAAGAUGACGAGGAAGGGCUGAGUUCUGCGGAUUCCAGGUUGCUGACCAGAGCACGCCCUUCAAUGCAAACUGGUCGUCGGAUAAGCAGCUCUCCCUACAGUCUGUUGCAGGCCAAGAGACUGGCACUGAGAUGGGAGGCACGAUACCAGGAAGCGGCCAUUUACUUGCAAGAAGGCUUUGAGAAUGACAGCUUUGCGUCACAUCCACGCGAUGCAUCCAGCAUGCAGGCGUAUCGCUUUGUGCACACUUUUCACAUCCUGGACGUCAGUGCUGCUAUUCUCCUCAUGGCCUUAGCGCUGGUAGAAUUUCCGGCUGUAGACAAAUUGCAAAUGCCAACACAGGGUCAUGCUCUUGUGGAGCUCUUACUGCUAGUUGUCCUGGCCAUGGACCUGUUCAUGCGCAUGCGAUGGCUGAAGUGGCGGCGAGUCUACAAACACAAACGAAUCAUUCUAAAAACGUUAUUUCUUGCUAUCAUGCUGACGGAGGCCAUCGCGGUGGCGGUGCGUGAGAAGUCUCAUUUCCGCAUCACCCGCUGCCUGCGCCCGCUGUUCCUGCUCGACUCCUAUUACUGUAUGGGUGCUAGACGAGUUGCCCGUCAGAUAGUGCAGUCGUUGCCACCAAUCCUGGAUAUGAUCAUGUUGCUACUCUUCAUCAUGGUCAUCUUCUCUGUGUUUGGUUACUUCCUGUUCUCGGAGAACCCAAAUGAUCCGAAUUUCAGUUCAUUCAAGAACAGUUUUGUCAGCCUGUUCAUCCUAGUGACAACGGCAAACUAUCCGGAUGUCAUGAUGCCGGCUUACAACUACUACCAAUGGGCGCCGGCGUUCUUCAUCAUCUACCUUUGUAUCACACUCUAUAUCUUGCUCAAUCUUCUGACCGCUGUUGUCUACUCAACAUUUCAAGAAUUUGAGAAGAGAAAGUUUCGUAAGCUGCUGCUCCAUCAACGCGAGGCAGUGAGGAAGAUGUUCAAUCUGCUGUGCGGACAACGUCGGAUUUCACUACCCUUUAUCCACUUCCGUGGUGUCAUGCGCUACUAUCGGCCAGCAAUAGAUGAUGUGUCGUGUCGGUGUGUCUUCAAAGUGCUCAAUACCAGCGGGUCUGGUCGUUUGACUCUGGAAGAAUGUUACCCGGUUUACGAGGCCGUGUUGCUGCGCUGGAGUCGGAUUGAUGGUACCAUGCAAGAGGAGACUUGGUAUACCAAAAUGCCAAAACCAGUCUGGAAAAUGUUACACGGAAUAAAUCGUCUUGUUGAGCAUCGAUUCUUCCACUACUUCAUCAUUCUGACCAUUGUUGGCAACUGUGUGUUCAUGUUGCAAGACGCUGCAUCUGGACAAGUUGAUCAACACGGAGCCAAUGCCAUAGCUAGCACAGUCUUCACAGCUAUCUACACGAUGGAAGCGUGUUUGAAGAUCCUGGGACUCGGCCCUCGCCAGUACUUUGCUCACUCCUGGAACAUGUUUGACUUUGUCAUCGUCAUAAUGAGCCUGAUUGGCUUGCUGGCGCAGGCGUCUCACCUCCGCUUCUUUGUCGUGCUGCGUCCUCUGCGUCUAUUGCGAUUAUUGGAGCUGAAGAAGCGUUAUCAAGAUGUGCUGGCUACACUGUUUGUGCUGCUGCCGCGCAUGGCGAAUGUUGGGCUUCUCCUGAUUGUCUUCUUCUACUUCUUUGCCAUUAUCGGCAUGGAGUUUUUCCCUUUCAAAGUCAGCCCUGGAUGCUGUGUGAAUAGUAGCGUGAGUACGUAUUACUCCGUGGGACCGAACACUGUCUUCUACUACUUGAACAGCUUUGAUAACAUUCUCAGAAGCUACGUGACGUUGUUUGAGCUGAUGAUCGUCAAUAACUGGUUUGUCAUAAUGGAUGGUUAUGUGUCAGAGACGAGUGAAUGGGCGCGUGUCUACUUCAUGAUGUUCUAUCUGAUGUCCUUGAUGGUAGUCAACAUAGUUGUUGCAUUUAUCCUGGAUGCUUUCCUUUUCCGAAUUGAGUCACAGAAGGAUGGAUCAGCGGCUCUGGAGGGUGACCUUAGUCUGGUGGAGAUCUCACUAUCCCAGGACGAGGUACAGGAUCGACGUGAUGCUACCUCGCUGAGUAUCCUUGCAGACCCAACUGAAGUGAAGUUCAAAGGCCGACGUCGCCGCACCAAGGCCGACCUCAGUUUGAUGAUGUACCGCGACGAGAUCAAGGAGUGGUGCCAUCAAGCCGAUACCAACCCCUCUGCUGACCUACUCUCACGCAAUAGUGUCGUGAGCGAUGAGCGUGAUGGUCCUGCCAGUAUGGAAACACUGGCCAGCGAGGAUGCAGACUCUAGCUCAAGCAACGACGAUGGAAAGCCAGUGAUGCCGGUGGACGCUCGGCUUAACCAUCCGUUUGCCACGCGCGACUCCGACCCGGUCGUCGUCCACCGCGAUCGCCUCAGCGGCCAAGUGUCGCCGGUUCAUCUGUCCCAUUCGUCCGUGCACUACGAUUCGACGUCAGCGAUCGGCCCUGCUGGCAUGUUUCCAGGCGCGCUAGGCUCAACCAGUACCAGCACCAACACUAGCAGCAGCGUCGGUGGUGGUAGUAUGAGCAGGACUGCUUCACGACACAGCACUGGUGCUCUAUUAACAGCAGGUGCAUCAUCGCGCCACAUGCUCAAGUCUUCGGUGUCCAUGACGUCACAGAUGACCAUGUCCAGUGCCGCCGGCGUAAUGGACAAGGCAACGCACGACGCCGACGAUUGGACAGCCUUUGCUACCAACCGCAUGCAGAAGCAGUCCGUGGGCGGGGGCGGUGGAGGUGCGAGUGGUUUUGACGGGGGCAGUGGCGGCGUGCGUAAGUGCACGUCGGAAUUGCCCUCGCCCUCGCACCCGGACAGCGGAGCGGGCACACCGCGGCGCACACUCCGACUCUCGCAUUCGGUCAGCGAGAUUAACUCCCCGGUCAACGCUGGCUUGCUGUCAGCCAACCUGUCCAACCUGUCGUCGUCAGUUGUACACGCAGCACGUGGACAGCACCAGCACCAGGUAGUUCAUCCCAGCAGCACGAACAGCACGAGCAGCAGUAGAACAGGAGGAGGUAUAACUGGACUCGGCCACUCUAGCAGCACAGCAUCGUCGUUACCAGGAUCUACGCAUCACCUGCCUCGCUCUCGUCCAUCCUCCACUGCUCACCUGCCGCCGGUCGGAUCCAGUGAGAGCGAUGAUGUACACCUCAUUAUGCCCUAGGCCAUCAUCACAUCCAUUCCAUUACAUCAUCAUCGUCUGGAGAUUGGUGAUUACAUCAUCGUCCGGAGAUUGGUGAUUACAUCAUCAACCGGAUAUUGAUGAUUACGUUAUCAUCCAGAUGUUGACGAUUACAUCAUCCAGAGGUUGACGAUUACAUCAUCGUGUUCGGAGAUUGAUGAUUACAUCAUCCAGAUAUGAAACGGUGGUGUAGUCUGUGACGCAUGGACUCUGUUAGUGAGGGUACGGCCUCUGCGUUGGCCCAGCUACUUUGGAUAAACUUGAGUAGGUCUGUAGUGGUAGCAGGUGCAUGCUACGACAGUGCACUGGAUCUGUAUGUUUUUGACUCUUGAGCAGUAUUUAGUCUGGUAAAGGUGUACGGCAACUGAACACUCUGAGUGAUCAACGGUGACUAUACAUUCUACGAUGUCAUUGUCUUUACUGUUGAUGUGUUGUUCCCAAUACAUCCCCAUGUUCUGCGUCGUCCCAAUCUAUACUUGGAAGUAUAGUUUGGACAACAUCAGUAUGACGUCAUGACGUCUUUCUCCCGCCAUUGCAAUUGCAUUUUGGAGAUGGAGCGAAACUUCCCAUUACUUUCCUCUCGGUACAGUUCUUCACUUGCAACUGGCUAUUUGCCAGUGAAAGGCGGACUUGUGCCCUAGUCUAACAAUACUAACUUAAACCUGGACAUGAAAAAAAUUAAUCUCUCUAUCUAUUACCUUUUUAUCUAUUUUUAAGAACAAAUCUCCGCACGAGAGAGCUCUAUUUAUUCUCACUUGACUUACAUGGGUUCUUCCAUCUUGCUCAUGUCUGCCCAUUGCUGGCUGGCUCGCCAUUUUGCUGGUCCCCUCCUUCGGCUGACGAUGGCCGACUUUUAGAUUUGAUUUUAGAAAUUUCCCGUCGCGGUGCCGCUCACAAGUUUUUGUCUGGCACACAGAUACCUAGCCAUAAUACUAGAGAGAGAGAGAGGGAGAGUUUUCCAUUGCUGCACAGCUAUUCUAGCCAGUUAUUGUAGGAAAUGUUAGAAGUUAGUUAAUUUUAAAGGAAGAGUUUUUUUGAUUCUGGGCCUGGUGCCAGGGAUCUUUGAAUCUGAGAUGAUUAACCCUAACGACUUCAUGCUGUUCUGCAUGUGUCAAAGUAUUAUUGUUUGGAGAGUCGACUGUGCUGCUCUGGCCAUUUGCUGUUCUGCGCUGUUA